ACGCUCGGACUCGGAAGAAGAAGAAGAAGAAGAAGAAGAAGAAGAAGAAGGAGGAGCAGCAGUCCCUCUCCAAGAUGGCGGCGACCAUAGACACCAGCAACGAUGCGGCUCUGGCGACGAAGAGGAAGCACCUCGGGAUCCCGGAGGCGGCGUUUGUGGAGGACGUGGACUCGUUCAUGAAGCAGCCCGGCAACGAGACGGCCGACGCGGUUCUGAGGCGGCUGGACGAACAGUACCAGAAAUAUAAAUACAUGGAGCUCAACCUGUCGCAGAAGAAAAUGAGGUUGAAAAACCAGAUUCCACAAAUCACACAGACGCUGGAAAUCCUGCGGCACAUGCAGAAGAAAAAGGGAACCACAGAGCGCAUGGAGACACACUUCCUGUUGGCCGACAACGUGUACUGCAAGGCCUCGGUGCCGCCCACCGACAAAGUCUGCCUCUGGCUCGGGGCCAACGUGAUGCUGGAGUACGACAUCGACGAAGCGCAGGCUCUGCUGGAGAAGAACCUGUCGACGGCGUCCCGCAACCUGGAGACGCUCGUGGACGACCUGGACUUCCUGCGAGACCAGUUCACCACCAUCGAAGUCAACAUGGCACGAGUCUACAACUGGGACGUGAAGAGGAGGAGCAGAGAAAACCUGCUGAAGUCGGCAGACAAGUCCUAAGAACCUUCUUCUCUCUCGUCCAUUAAAGAAAUUAGAAACUCCCGUCACGUAUGUUCUCACAGUCACUGAACUCGUCUGAUUCAACGCAGAUCUUGUUUGUAAAGAGGUGACGUUCGUGUCGCUGAAGAUGAGUCGUGUGUUUUGGUUUUGAACGCGUCUUUUCUGUCCUUCCUCCUCAUCUGCUACUUCUCAAACUUAUUGUUCCAAGUAAAAACCAAACAGAAGACACAAAGAUGAGGAGGCUUCAUUGCUCUCUCACUGCCUGUUCUGUAGUUUCUGUCGCUCGUGGUUUCCUGAACGACCACGUUCAUCAAACGGUUUCUGCCUGGUGUCACCUGACUCCUUCAGGACUCCUCCUCUUCCUCCUCUUCCUCCUCUUCCUCACUGCUGUUCCGUCUGUAUGUAUUCGUCUGUUCUCAUUAAACAUUAAACGACCGUUUGGACAAACAGA